AUUGCACAAAAAAUUGAAAUGAUAAUAUUAAUCAUUUUUUUCGAUAGAUUUAAUUUUAAAUUUCCAUUUUCCUUAUUUUUUUUACUAUAAAAAGGAAAUAAAAAAAAAAAACCAUUUUCAUUAAAAAACAACAUUCAAAAAAAAAAACCUUAAAAAAAAAAAAAAAAAAAGUCAACUUUUUUAUUUAUUUAUUUAUUUAUUUAUUUAUUUAUUUAAUUUUAUUUAUUAUUUAUUAUUUAUUAUUUAUUUAUUUAUUCCCUUUUCAAAUUUUUUAACACUUUUUAUUUAUUUAUAUCAACAUAUUUAUUUAUUUAUUCAUUUAUUUAUUUAUUUAUAUAUAUCUAUUAUUUAUUUAUUUAUUUAUUUAUUUAUUUAUAAUAACAAUAUAACAAUUUUUAUAGCGCAAUUAUUUUAUUGUUAAAAUUUAUUUUUUAAUUUUGUAAAUAAAAUAUUUUCUGCCCCACCAAUAAUCAUUUAAAUAAUAAGUAAAAUUAUUAUAAGAAUAUUUAAACACUACAAAUAUCUAUUUCUUUUCAAAUUGUAAAAAUAAUCAUAGUAAUAACAAAAAAAGUAAUAAUAGAAAAUUUAAAAUCAGAAAAAUAAUAAAGAUCAAUUUAAAAAAUGACAGCAAUUUUUCCAAACAAUCAAUAUUAUUACUGGCCACAAUAUGCCCCACAAAAUAUGAAUCCAAAUAAAAUAAAUAUAUAUAACCAAAAUAUGAUACCAGCAGCAAUGGUACCAGGAUAUUAUACUGCCCCAAAUACACCAGUUACUUCAUCACCAAAUAUGCAUCUUCACUCACCACAACUAAUAAUGGAUCAAAACUCUCCACCAACUACAUAUGGAUAUGGUGAUACAUCACCAGUUAUGUCAUUAUCAUCAUCAUUUGGUAUUCCACCAAAUAUUUCAAUGAAUUAUAAUGGAAAUAGUAAUUAUAAUAGCAACUUUUGUAUCAAUAAUGCAAUUAAUAAUAUUAACAAUACAUUAAAUAUUCAAAAUGAAGUCAAUCAAGAACAAAACAAUAACAGCAAUAACAAUAAUGACAAUAACAAUAGUAAUAAAAGAUCAUAUGCAUUAAUGGAAGAAAAUUCAUCUUGUUCAACAAGUGAAGAAGACAUUUCAUCAGAUAAACAAUGUUUCUCUGAUAAAGAAAUUAACGACAACGAAGAUGAUGCCGAUAUUUAUUCCGAAGAUGAAGAGGAUCAAGAAGCAAUUAAAAUUUUUAUCACUCCUUUAGUAAAUUUAAUUUAUAAAACACCAGGUAUUUGCUCACCAAUAUUAAGAUUAUUCUCUGAAUGUUCAAGAGAAGAAAUUUCAGUAAAGCAAAUGUUAGUCAAGUUAAAACAUUUAUGUUCCGAAUUUUUAUUAGAUAGCUCGAUUUAUAUGACAUUACUCCACUCAUUAGUUAAGAUCGAUGGUGAUGUCAAAAUGGUAAAAUAUUUAGUUGAAAAUGGUGUUACCGAUGAAGAAUUAGAAUUUACUAAAGAAAUUACAUUAAACAACAACUCUCAAGAAGUUACCAAAAAGAAAAGAGAAAGAAAGAGAGAAAGCAUUAGUAGAGGUAUUAGAAGCCCACCAAACAAAUGGACUAAAGAAGAAAGUCAAAAUCUUAUCAAACUUGUCACUGAAAAUGGUGAUAAGCAAUGGAAAAAAAUCGCCACUAAAUUGGGUGGAGGUAAAACUGGUGCCCAAUGCGCUCAACAUUGGAAACGUGUAUUGAGCCCAGAAAUUAAAAAAGGCUGGAAGAAUGUUGCUAUCGAAAUUAAAACAAGAACUGACAUUCAAUGCAGAUAUCAAUACUUUAAAGCAAUCAUGUCACGUCAGACUGAAUGGAAUCAACUCGAAGACGACAUUAUCACUAAGAAAAUCAAAUUAAUGAUUCAAAAUAAUGAAAAGAUUUCAUUCUCACAAGUCUCCAAGCAUUUAGCAAGAGCUAAAACUACCAAGAUUCCAAGAACAGCUUUGGAAUGUAAAGCUAGAUGGCAAGUUUUAAACUCUCAUCAAUAUCAACAACAACAGCAACAAAUUCAACAACAAAUCCAACAACAAAGUAUUCAAAUUCAAAAUAGUUUUAUUCAUGAAGCUCAAAACUAUUAUUACAAAAAUAAUAAUACUGAACAACCAUAUCAUGCAAUAAAUAUGUAAAUAAUUUUUUAUUUAAUUUUUCUUCACCUCUAAAUAAUAUUUAUAAUUAUUUAUUUAUUUAAUAAAAAAAAUAAAAUAAUAAAAAAAAUUAAAUAUAAAAUUAAAUUAAUUUAAUAAAAAUUUAUAAUUUUUUUAAAUAAAAACU